AUGAAGAACUCCACGACUGUUACCAAACCUAAGAUUAAGAAAAGAAAGUACUCCAGGAAAGGAUGCAACGAAUGCAAGAGGAGGAAGAUCAAAUGCGAUGAAACUGCCCCUGCUUGUAAUAAUUGCACCAGACUCAACAAAACGUGUGUUUAUGAAAAUAAGGUGGAGACACAACAUGACCCUUUGAUGCUGAAACUUCCUUCCCAGGAUGACAACUCGUUGAAGGAGGCCAACUUGAACUUGAAGUUUUACAAACCAAAGACACCAAAGCUGACGAGGAAAGAGGAAAAGAUCAAGAAGGAAACCGCCAGAGAACCACCAUCGCUGCAGCAGAACAACUUCGAAGAUGGUCCCAACGCUUUUACCAAAUUGGACUCUAUGGACUCCUCAAUUCUCCCAAUGAUCACAAACGUUCAGCCUGAGGCUCCUUCUAGCAUUGUGUCGAGCAUCGAGACAAACCACGAGAUGCAAACGGUCUUCAACGAAGCUAGUUUGCUUGUGAAUGACAUUCAUCAUACUCUCGAGGAUAACGACGCAGCCAAUAAUGUUCAUGACUAUAGACUAUUCCCCAGAACCCAUACAAGUCCCUCUUUAUCUUCUGAAGAUAGAGCACAGUUCAGUAUUGAUGACUUUGUGGACCUCAAUGACCAAGCAAGCCCGCUGCGACCUUGGAAUAAGGUGGCAGAGAUAUGGGAGUUCCUGAACUCGCAGCUAAUAGAGGAAUGUGUCAAUGCAAACAACCUAGGGGAACCCCAUUCGGGCUACCUACGCACACUAACCUCUACCGAGCUCUCUUAUCACAUGUACCCACUCGCUUCUCUGAUAGAGACUAACGAAGUUGUGAAGCUUCUUCUCAUGUACCUGACAGAGUGCCCGCAUCUUCUAUUCUCGCUCCUAGCUAUUUCUGCCACUUUCCAAUUUAAUCAGACUGGCAGAUCUAGCCACGAUAUAGCUAGACAGAAGUACAUCGGUGUGUGUCUACGAAAGCUAAGUGACGAUUUCUCUGAGAAACCGUCCUCAAAGCUAUCUCAGUCUUUCCACGUCGAAAAGCUUUUGAUGACGGUGUUGGUUCUUACAACGUAUUUCAGCGCAACAACAUCACAGUUAAACGAUACUGUUCUUAAUUCCUGGAAAGUUCAUCUUCGGGGAGCCCGUGACCUUCUCAUCAACUACAGCAGAAUCACAAAGUCAGAGAAUGUGUCAUUAGGCUUGGCUUUGGCUAAAUCUUGGUUUUUUGCUCUCGAGUCUGUUGCUGCAGUAUUCUCUUCUGUGGGCGGCGCAACGUCCAAAUCAUUUGAUGGUCCGCCACUAGACAACGACGACCUCUUUGGGUCAUUUCCUAAUCUCCCGCUUGAUGCCAACUCAGUCUUUGUUGAAAGUGGAUUCUUUGAGUUCCAUGAAAAUAGACAUUACCAUGAGUCGUUGAGUCGAUUGGCGAUGGUAGUCACCAGCCCAACGCUGUCAGACUUCAAUAUAUUUUGGGGAUACACCGCUACGUGUGUGAAGGCAAUUAUCUGCUACACAAGAGUCAAGGAUGCAAUGGACCUAAAAUGUUUGCAAAGGGCACCAAUGCGAUGGAUUGCACAAAUCGUUUCACUACUUGGGCAGACAGGACGAGAAGAGGUGGUACCUGGUGUACUGCCACGCAACUAUGUUGUACCUAAAACAUGUAGGGGACAUCCGGACUAUGAGCCUCUGCACCAGCGUUACAAUUUCCCGCCAGCUUGUUAUGCUGUAGAAUGCGAUGAAAAUGGCGAAAAGACAUACUACUCUUGGUUUGAUGCUUCAAACCAAUUUCACGUCGACUUCUUACAUCUUACACUUCUUGUGCUGCCGGAAUUCUACGGCCUUCCUCGAACACAUCCCCUAGUCCAAGAAAUGGUGCAGAGGAUCUUUACCGGAGCAUUCUUUUUAAAGGAGAAACUGGCACCGCUGUACGAAAGAGACAGAUCCGAAAUUAUUGUGGAGAGCGAUAACUACUACCUUUCUCUGUCGACUUUUGACAACAGGUGCAUCAUGAUCCAGUCUGCAUUUCGACUCUGUGCUAGCGUGGUGUUAGAGGAGGAGUAUUUCGAGAAAAUUGAAUUAUUCUUUAUGGGCCUCGUGAAAUUGGGCAAUGGCUCUUCGCUUAGUGCACUCGACCAAGUCACUCGUGUCAAGGAAAUAAGAAGAGAAAGGGCACAAGAAAACCCAGACUUGAUCGACGAAGAGGUUAUUGAGUUUGAGGAAGGCAAGGCUUCGAUUCCGUUUGCAUAG